GUCCUUGCGUGUCUUCCCCAGCCUAUCAUUUUCUUUGAUGUCCAAACAAUGAGUUAGACAAAGAUACUUAAUUUAUCUCUCACCAUUAUUAUUCAUCUCUAUCUGCUAAAUCUGUAACUCCCCAUUUCAGCUUUCCAUCUUUCUUUUUUCUCCUAAAAAUCCGUGUCAUUCUUCAUCUUGCACUUCUUUAAACUUCAAAUCUUGAGGUUUGUGAGUGAUUAAGCAAGACCCAUUUGGUUUUUACUGUUCCUGAGAAGCUUUAGGAUUGAUUACACACCUCAGUUUGAUUUAAAGGACCUUUUGUUUCCACAUCAUGGAAGGAGAAACAUCCUGGGUUAGUCAUUCUUUUCAUGACAAUGUAAGAGAUAUGGCAGAGGUCAAGUCAUUUUCUGAGCGCAGUUAUGAGGUCAGUACAGAACUUACAGUUCCAAUUGAUUUAAUUUUGCCGGAUGACUUGCUCGAGCGGAUUUUGGCAUAUCUCCCCAUUGCAAGUAUUUUUAGGGUAGGGUGUGUAUGUAAAAGAUGGAAUGAAGUUGUAAGUUCAAGAAGGUUUUUGUGGAACUUUACCCAUGUUCGGGUACACAGACCAUGGUAUUUUAUGUUUACUAGCUCCGAUGAACCAGUUGGUUAUGCCUAUGAUCCCAUUCUUAGAAAGUGGUAUGGCUUUGAGUUGCCCUGCAGCGGGACUUCCAGUUGGUUUAUUGCUUCUUCGUGUGGUUUAGUUUGCUUCAUGGAUAACGAUAGCAGAGGUGAGCUAUAUGCAUGCAAUCCAAUCACCAGACACUACAGGAAGCUCGAGAAGCCUCCAGGUUCAAAAUUUUCCGAUUAUAGUGCGUUGGCAAUCUCAGUGAACAAGGUAUCACACAGCUAUAGUGUCUCUGUUGUAAGAUCUAAGCAAGUCCCAGGAAAUUUCUUACAGUAUGAAGUUUCAGUUCAUGUCUAUGACUCUGGAACAAUGUUGUGGGCUACCACUUCACCAGAAAUUUUGACUGGUUGGAGAGGUGGUGAGGAAAGUGUGAUCUGUGAUGGGGUUUUAUACCUGUUGGUUUACUCAAGUGGGGGUGGCAAUCCAGAGAAUCGUCAUGGACUAUUAACAUAUAGUCUAUUCAGUCACUUAUCGCAUGGUUUGUUAAUGAAAAAUUUUAUCCCAAUGCCAUGCCCCCUCACUUGUGGCCGUUUGAUGAACGUGAAGGAAAAGUUGGUAAUGGUAGGAGGAAUAGGGAAGCAAGAUCGACCUGGGAUAAUUAAGGGCAUCGGGAUUUGGGUUCUGAGUGGCAAGGAGUGGCAGGAGAUUGGCCGUAUGCCCCACAAAUUCUUCCAGGGAUUUGGAGAGUUUGAUGAUGUUUUUGCUAGCAGUGGUACAGGUGAUCUCAUAUACAUCCAAAGCUAUGGAGCUCCUGCUCUUCUUUCUUUUGAUUUCAACCAGAAGCAAUGGAAGUGGUCCCAAAAAUGCCCCGUAACCAAGAGGUUCCCACUUCAGCUCUUUACUGGGUUUUGCUUUGAGCCUAGACUUGAAAUUGCCCCCUAAAUUACAUCAUGUUGCAUAUAUUAUAUCUUGUUACUGACAAACUUGUCAAGGGUUCGGACCUUUUUUUUUACUGUCCUUAUAGUUUUGGUCUUUACUUUUAGUCUCCAUGAAGUGUCUGAAAGGCAUAGUGAAAAUUAAUCAGCCAGUGAGACUGCGCAAUCAUGUAACCAGAAAAUCAUUGUUUUUGCUGAUAUGGGGACAGUAAACUAGAGUUUAAUACAGGUUAUUUUAUCCAUGAUAAUUACUGUUUUUAGAUUUA